AUGGAUCGCAGAAAAGAAGAAUUAGAGAAAAAAAGACAAAAGCUAGCUGAACUUCGACGUGCUCGAGAAGAAAGACGAGCUUUACUUGAAAGCCAGUCUACACAGUCUUCUUCUACAACUAGCUCUACAACUGGAAGAGACCGAAAGGCUAUUGAUGACUUGGUCGCCCUUGUUUUAGGAGAGCGCCCUUCCACACCUAGUGCUGCUACUACAACUGCAGGCAGUGAUCGUGGGUCAGAUGCAGGAUCCGAGUUUUCUAAUUCACGCCCAACUUCAGCUAACUUUGGCUAUUCCUCACCUGGAACUCCUAUGAGCCAAUCAGAUGCAAGACUUUCUAUGCUCUCAACUACUUCUCAGCCUGCUCAGACAACCCCUCACUAUGUAGCAGAACUCACUGAAGCACAAACUUUUGUUGCUGACAUUCCUCCCCUUGAACAAGUUGUCUACAGCAAGGAAAUUCAAACAACAGAUGGAUCAUUGGAAGCCCCAGAGAUUUCUGAAGAAGAAAUCAGAAAACAAAUCACUGAGGAAUUUGAGUUGAGAGAAAAGCAGAAGAUAGCUCAACUAGAAGAAGAAAUUCGAAAAGCAGAACAAGAAAAACAAGAAGAAAUUCGAGGUAAACAAAAAGUGUUGAAAAAAAAAAUAGAAUUAACUGAAGAAGAAGCAAAGACCAUUCAAAAGUCUCAAGAAUUUGCUGAAUUUGUUGAUAUUUCAACUAAGCUUGUUGAAAGAGCUUUAAAUGAGAAAUAUGACUUUAUGAAAGAUUAUACCCUUGGCAUUGAUGUUGAAAACGAUGAGAACUCUGGAAAACAUGUCAAAUUUGUCUGCAAGUUUUGGGACGAAAAAUGGUGCAAAAACAGAUCAGUUACAGAUGUGAAUUGGUCCUUAAAAUACCCUGAAUUGGUUGUCUCUUCUUACAACAAAAAUCCUCUUGCGCCUAAUGAGCCUGAUGGUGUUGCUCUUGUCUGGAAUGAACAUUUGUUGGAUCGCCCUGAAUUCGUGUUCCAUUCACAAUCUGAUGUGCUCAGUGUUAUGUUUAGUAAAUUCCACCCAAAUUAUAUCAUUGGUGGUACUUAUUCUGGUCAAAUUGUCCUGUGGGACACGCGUGCUAAAUCACUGCCUGUUCUCAAGACACCUUUGUCUGCUGGUGGCCAUACACAUCCUGUUUAUUCGAUUGAAAUGGUGGGCACUCAAAAUGCCCAUAACUUGAUUUCUGCCAGUACGGAUGGUUUCAUUUGUUCAUGGCAGCUGGAUAUGUUGGCUCAACCUCAAGACUAUUUGGAGCUGCUUCAUCCUGCUCAUAACAAGACAGACGAAGUCUCCGUGACAUGCAUGGGAUUUCCUGAUAAUGAAACAACCGCAUUUUGGGCUGGUACAGAAGAAGGUAACAUCUAUCAAGCAAACCGUUAUGAUCGUGCUGGAAGUAAAGCGGGCAUUAAUCAAUACGACACCUACCGCGGUCAUCAUGGUAUGGUUACUGGUUUAAAUUUCCAUCCUCUGCAUGGCCCUGUUGAUUUCUCAGAUUUAUACCUUACCUCAUCUGUUGACUGGACUGUGAAGCUUUGGAGAGCCAAGUCUAUCUCAAAGACAUCCACUCAACCUUCUAGCAUUACUCCCUUGUACUCGUUUGAACACGCAGACGAUUACGUGUAUGACGUUAAAUGGUCACCUACACAUCCUGCUUUGUUUGGUACAGUUGAUGGUACAGGUCAAUUUGACUUGUGGAACUUGAAUGCAGAUACCGAAGAGCCAUUUGUUAGUACCCAAGUUGGUUCUGGUAAGGCACUUAACAAGAUUGCUUGGGAUAAAGAAGGUAAAAAGACUGCUAUUGGCUCAAGUGAUGGACAUGUCUAUGUUUAUGAUAUCGGCGAGAUGGCAAUUCCUAAGCCCGAAGAUUGGAGUCUGUUACAAAAGAACAUUUCAGAAAUGAUUUCAAAUCAAGAAAAUCCUCCAGCCAAAUAG